AUGGCGGUGCCUCCAGUGGCACCGCCACCGCUUUCGCUAGCAGCUUGCCUGCGAGAGCUCGCCAACGAGCUUCAAAGUUCUGAACAAGGGUCCGAAGGGGUCGUUAUCGACGCUCGCAACAAAGUGCAGCGUACACUCGCCACAUGUUGGGAAGGCCGUCCACUGCCCCGCGCCUGUUCGGCUUUGAGAAAUUUCCUGAGCGAAUCGGCGCUCAGUGCGGAUGUGGAAGUGAAGCUUGUAAAGCCAAAUGGCGAAAGCGGCUUCGUUGGCAUGCUUUUGCGAAAGGGUGUCCCGGAAGCUAUGGUCAAGUAUCGUGGCGAGCUCCCGGGGAUACCAUUUCGCGAGGAGUGCAAUUACGUCUUCGCGGAGUGGCUGGGCUUCGGUGACGUGGUGGCCCCGUGUAUAGCAGUGGACUUGCCAUUGACCCUCGCCGACUUUUCCAGCCUCAGUGUCCUCGAUGUGCUACGAGAGCACACAGCUGCAUGGGUACAUGAGAAGGAGCAGAACUGCAAGACAUGGCCCGCCAACAUGUGGGUCACGAUGGAGAAGUGCAUUCUCAUUGGAAAGACCGGGCCCCCCGCAUCCACUGCGCCUGCUUCUCGCCUAGCCAACUUCUUCGGAUCCGUUGACCUUCUGCAGGCAUACGCUGCAACACCCAGUGGACCAAGCUGUGGUGUGGAUGCCUUACUCAGAGACACCUAUACCAGGCAAGAGCCCACGGAUGCCGACUUUUUCAGGCUUGUGUCAUGCUUAGAUGUGCAAAACAUACAUCGACUUUGCAUGUUGGCUUGCAUAACGCUGCAGCGAGACGGAGGCCCAUCGAAUUUGAUGGUGAGGCAAAAGGUGUCCGGCGAGGCUGAGGCUGAUGCUUCUUUCGAGCUGGUAUGCAUUGACUCGACACGAGUCCUCAAUGGCUUUCCCAGCGAUGCAUUGCUUCUCUUCGACGACAGCGACGGGACGAUCGGCCAGUUCACAUACUGGUUCCCGGCUUGCGUUGAAUUGCCCCAGGCUGCCGAGAUCCUGCAUCCGUCCGUCGCAUCUGCCGUGAGGUCUCUCGAUGCCAGCGCAGCAGAACGUUUCCUUGAGCAGCUCCUGAGUGUGCCUGGUGCCUCCUUGGCACGGAGCAGAGCCGAAGCGAAGGCGGCUUCGAACAGGUUGAGGCACUUGCAGAGCCUGCUAGAGGAGCAAGAGCUCACAGCUCGUGACCUUUGCUUUCGGGUGGUGCCGACCUGGGAAGCAGACUACUGGGCACCUGGUCGCAGGGAGUUGAUCCCUUUUCAUGACCUUGGAGUGCAUCUGCACGAGGGAGGCAGUGCGCAGGAAUGGGAAGAGAAGUGCAGCUGGCCGUGUGGCAGCCAACAUGGCACCGGCGGCGACGAGACGCAAGGCCGUCGCCCGACCGUCAACGAUUUCUUCUGA